AUGCGGAUAUUACUCUUGGCGGCGCUUCUGCCGCUGAUAUCUGCUGUUAACAUCGAAUGCUUGAACAACAAAACUCAAUGGUUGACUACAGAUCUCCCCAAGAAUUUGGCUCUUCCCGCCAAUUAUUCUGUAAUUAUUUUACCUUCGUUUUUAUGAUUUAGGGGAACUUGUCUAUGUUUAAUGGUUUCUUCAGUACAUUCAGUAUGAAUGAUGUUUAAGUCAUAUUGAAGGUCCUGAAUCUUUUAAAAACGGCUUUUCAAGUUUUCGUUACAGGCCGUUGUUACAUUUGUGGCUCGAAAUACGAACACAUCUAUUCGAUUUACGGAAAGAGCUGUUAACGGUGUAAGGCAUAUUGAGAGGACCCAGAAAGGCCAAGAUGUGCAACAUUACAUUAUCAAGGAUAAUGUUACAACAUUAUUUACUAGUAGGUUUUUACGACAAUUCUAUUUGGAAUUAAAAUUUAAUUGACUGUUUAUUCAACCUAUCAUCCUAUAUUAUAUAUAAUAUUAUGUUACGUAUCUAGCAACUGUUUUCAGAAUCCAAGUGUUCUCGAGGAAACUUGGACGUAGCCAAAGAUAUUUACCCUUUCCCUGCAGUCUUUGCUGACGUUUUCAAAAACUUGACCAAUAUUCAAGAUAUUGUUUCAAGUAUUCUGGGAACACCGUAUAAUAAUCAGAAGGACACAGCAGUGGUUCAAGUUGAUGGCUUUCCUGCUGUAAAAUGGCUUGGCUGUGUGAAUCGUACUGAUAAGAGAGAUGCAGUCGAAAUCAGAGUGAACUUUGUUGGCGAAGACACUGUUCAACCACCAUUUGAUGUGGAAAACUCAUGGCCACAAGCUUUGAAUAUUCAGUUCAUCAGCUACAAUUAUUCUGGUAAGGUUUUGAUGAGUUAGUUUAUAUUAAAAUCAAAUUUUGACUAUAUUAUUUGGGUUUAAUUUUUGAUUCUCGGCUUACUUUUAAACUUUGUCUUGCAGUAGUGAAUGACACAGUGAAUCCAGAAGUGAAAGAAGACCUGACCGUCUCCAUAUUGGUGUUGAAGAAGAUCGACAAUUCAGAAAUAAAGUCAAUGCUGAAGACUCCAGAUGGCGUUUUCUGCGAAAACACAACCCCAGCCAAGCUACCGGCUGGUCUUCCCCCUAAAUUCGAAGCUGAUCUAACUUAUGUUGAUGUAGAAAACAAGUUGAUCAACACAGCUGAAUUGAUGUACGAUGAAGACAAUCGUAUCUUGGCAUUUGGUUUAGAUUUCAACGCUGACAGCGACAUUCCGUAUGUUCAGAAUUCGAAUACUACAACCUCCAAGUCAUUGGGGAAAGCGAAGAUCUUUUUGGAUUUUAAAUCUGGUUUUGAAUAUGUUUUAAGUAAGGAUGGCAGAGCAUGCAAAGCUGUUAAUGCUAUUGAGAAGGAAUGGGCAUCCGUCGAAGAGAAGGAUGGUAAAAUUGGAUUGAAGAAACCGAACGAUGUGUUCUUUAAUCAGGACGAGAAAGAUGUUUAUAAGGAUGAAGAUGUAGGUCAUUUUUUACGUUUUGGCCUUGUAUUAGGUUGUUCAAAUAAUUGUGCGCCUCCUUUUAAAACAUAUUUUGGGGUUAAAGGCCACAGAAUUUUUGGAACAACCUAAUAGUUGUGUAUAAAAUGAUUAUUUAAAUUAAUAAGUUUAAAAAUAAAAAACAUUUAAUCAUAAAAAUUAAAAUUUUAGGUUAUACAAGAAGGAGUGACAUACGACAAAUAUGUGGUCAAGAAAUACAAUAACGACACAAAGGAAAACAUUACGGCGGAAUACUUGUUCUACAACAAAGACUUUAAGUUGGAAGGUGGUUCAGUAAACUUGAUUUAUUCCAUCAAACAAUAUCAUCAGAACGAAAAGAAUGAGACCAAAACAAGCAUUAUUUACUUUAAUCAAAUCCGCAACAACACUUUAAUCGGCACAUCAUGGUCGAAACACACUGUAUUCCCAUGCCUUGCUGAUGGCAAAUCGGACAACUUUUUCUACUUGAAGCUGGUCAAUAAGUCAUUGCCGGAUUUGCAAAAGAUUGGCUACGAAAACGUGGAAAGUGCGUUGGCUGAAGCCAUCUCAAAAACAGCCAAUAUUUCUGUCUUGAGGAUCUCACAAUUCUUACUGAAACAACUGAAUACUCAACUGAUGGCUGGCUUCUUGUUGGGCGAAAAGAAUCCUAUGGACCCGGCUAACACUACCGAUUUGAUUGUGAGUUUUGGUUGAGGGGGAUAUUGAUGUUGUAGGAUAGGAAGGUUGAUUUUAAAGGUUUCGAGAUAUCUUUGGUGUAUCUAUGCUUAAAUUCAAGUGUAUAUUCAAUACUUUAGGUUUAUAAAGCAGAAAGUAUUUAUGGUUUUACUAUGAGCUAGCUGAUUUUAAAAUUAAUUAUUGGAUUGAAUUGUUGAUGAUAUUGUUCAUUUAUUGGUUUCAGGUUGAGAAGAACGUUACUGAAGUAAGAAACUUGUUAAAUGGUACUCUUCAAACUCAACAAAUUAAUGUGAAUAUUGUUACUGACGAUCAUAAAACUCAGGUGAGCUUAUAACUACUAUUAAAAAUUAAAAAUGAUAUAAAUGUUUUAGAACGACACAUAUAAUUUACGUAGAGCGUUUUGAAAAUAUUGUAUUAAUGUUUCAGACUGUUUCCGUAAACGGAUUUGGAGUGUUAUCGACGGCCGACGAUCACCCCUUCCCUCCACCGAGCUAUAACGGAUACACGGGAGGAUCCAUGUUUAUUUUGGGCUUGUUCGCUUUCAUCUUUGGAGUGGGCAUUGCGGUGGGAUCGUACGUCUUCUACACGAAGCGACAAGGAAUCCGUGGUAUCGCGUAUCAAGUGUUCGAAUAA